AUGGAGAAUCCACCAGAUCUCAUUGUUGUUACUGCAUCAGAUGAACAAUAUCAAGAUAAACAGAAAUUAAUCGUUGAAAAUAUUAAUCAAGAACAAGAUAAACAACAUGAUGAAUCAAUAGCAAAUCUUCAAUCGGAUAAAUAUGCUCUUGAAUGUCAAGUUAAACGAUUACAAGCUCAACUAACCGUACGUAAUAAUUAUGAAUUUGAUGAACAAUCACGUUUAUUACAACAACGAUUUCAAGAUGAAAUUCAAUCUAUUAUUCAUCAUCAUACAGAAUUAGUUCAACAUACUACCAAUGAACUGUCUGCUUAUAUAACAAAUGUUCUGCGAAAAAGUAUGGAAGAUAUCGAAAGUUUAAGCUUAUUACAUCAAAAAGAAUUAUGUGUACAUUCGAAAAUUAUGACUGAUUGUAUUCAACAACAAUGCAGUGAAAUGAAUGAACUAAGUCAUCAUUUGAUUAAUCAACAACACACAAUGCCUAUGCAUUUGUUUAAUAGUCUUAUUGAUGAUUUUCGAACUUCACUUAACGAUCUGAAGACAAGUUUUGAUUCAAAAAUUAAUUAUCUAAGUGAUAUUCAUUUAUCAACAAUCGACAAAUUAAAUACGAAACAUGAAAUUGAGAUUAAUGAAAUGAAAUGCGAAUUAAAUUUAAUGUCUAAUCGAUCUAACUAA